GCGCGCGGCAGUGGAUUGAGGUUAACCUCAUUCGUUCGUUGGCACAGACCGCGGCACCAUGUCCGAAUCGCGUGAGUGAACCACAGUGGUUUCGCCGACAAUUUUACGAUUUAAUACACAUAUAAACGCACGCGCAUAUUCACAUGUAUACACAAUUUUAAACAUUUCCGGUUGUUCCCGACAGUGUUUGCUUAAGAUUUUUAUAUUUUAUAUCGUUUCCGUGCGGUUUGUUUGUUGUAUGUAUUUUGUUUAAUUUUUAUAUCAUUUUAAAUCCCUUUAACUGUUUUUAAAUUUAAUUUGUUUUUCUUAUCGUGCGUAAGUUUAAUAUGUUGUGAACUCUGUACGAAAUGUUCGGAGUGUCGCAGGAUUACGAGCUCGUUGUUUACUCGAUCGUCGUAGUGUCAGUUUAGAUUUUGGAUUUAUUGUGGAAUUUAUAAACUCGUUAUAAUGGCUACGAAGCGCAAGAAGCUCUUGCCCGCCAGAACUCUGGCCCUGUUGCUGGCCAGCUUAUUUGUUUUUGACUGUUUAGCUUUAAGUGAAGGUGAUAUAUUGCUCAAUGAAAAAGAUAAAAAUCUAGAAAGGAUCAAAAGGGAUGGUGAUGUGACUGUCCUGUUGCUGGACGACAAUGGAAAGAAAAAGACGUCCCCAACACUUGGAUUAUUGUCUUCAAUGGCACGAACAUUCGUCCAGGACGGUGUUACUACUGAAUAUGCAACUCACGUUAUUGGAACCACCGUCGGUGAUCGUUAUGCACAUAUAGUUAGUACUGGUUCUCGGGUGUUUUAUGACAAUAUUAAACCAACGAAUCGACACGACACCCCUGAAAUUAACUUACAAACAAUAUUAGAUAACCUAGGACAACCACAAGUAUUCGAGAAUAUUAAAGAAGAAGAAACAAAUUUAAUAAAAGGAAGAAAACUUGAAUUUUCGACAACUCCAGAGCCGAUCGACAAAUCAAAUGUAUCUGUUAGACAGGAAAUAUCAAUUCGAAAGCAUUUUACUCCAGAUAUUAUUAAGCCAGCAAAGGUAAAUGCAAAAAAUGGUUUACCAACCUUCACAGUAAAAAAUAAUGACGAAGAUUAUUUACCUGCAGUGGAACUUACAACCAAACGUGAAGACUCAUUUCGAAAUAAAUUAAGAUCAUCAAAAAAUUUAUUUAGAAAUGGGCUCAAACCAAUAGAAAUAAAAAAAUACGAAACAGUCACAUAUUUCGGAUUUGCAGAUUUUAUGACAACAGUUGGCAAUACAGUUAUAAUAUUUAUGCCCAAAACUCCAACAAUACCGGAAGCCACAGGUAUAACGAGUAUUAAAGGUGAAGCAACCCUUCGACCGGAAGAUAUAAUAAGUCCAACAAAAUCUGUAACAUCAUAUUCCACUAAAACAUUAAAACCUACUACAGAGAACGCCGAAUAUAGUAGUAUGAUAGAGUCCAGUAUUGCAACAACAGAAGAGACAAUGGCCUUACCAACAGAACCACUAUCUCGUCGCAUUUCAGAAACUACAAGAGUCUUUAACAAUGAACAAGAAGCAUUAGGAUUAUUGAAAACAAUUGGAGGUGUAGAUGUUAUUGAUAGUAAGACCACUAGACUAACUACGUUCUUUUAUGGUACGUACAUUAAUGGUAAAUAUACACAGCUGGAACAAACUGUAUCAACGUUACUAUCAAAACCAUCACAAACAACUAAGCCAUCUAAAAUUGAAAUACCAAUGACAACAAUUCCCACUACAACUGAGUCUCAGGUGACGACGGAAAAAAAUAUAAAUGAAAUGACAACUGAAUCUGAAGAAGAAAUUUCCACAACUCCAGAAGAAGAAACUGUAUCACCUUCUUCAUCAUCUGAGGACAUAUUGUAUAAGACGUAUACAUAUUUAACAACUUUCUUUAUACCUGUAGAUGACACCUUAACUACGACAUCAGUCAAGUCAAGGGUAGUACUAUCACCAGAACCCACUCAAGUGACUGAAAAUACAAUGACUCAAAUGAUUGCAACUACAACUGAAAAUAUUCCUACUACUACUCCCACUCCCGAAGAAGAAGAUAUUAAAACUACGACGGAGGAGAUGACAAUUACAACUGAAAAAGAGUCUGAAGAUAAAGAAAUUUCUGAAUUAACAACUAUUUUAAUGAAAGAGGAAGUAACAACAGAAAAAACUAUUAUUAAAGACUCUAUUGAUGAAAUGGUGACUGAAAUGGGUCCUACAACCAUAAAACCUGUAGAAAUAGAAGAAGAAAAAGAAAAAGAAAAAGAAAAAGAAACAGAAGAAAAAGUAAAAGAAGAAGAAGAAGAAGAAGAAGUAGAAUUGUUAUUUAAAACAUUAUACACAACUUACACGUACUUAACAACAUUUUUCCAAGAAUCAACUACUAGUGUUUUAAGUAGAGAAGAAGUUGUCACAAAUAUUAUAACAUCUACUUUAGAAAAAGAUUUUUUGGCAACAGAUCCCGCAGUAGCUGGCCUUUUUGACCGAGAAGAAGGUAGCAUUCUGAGUACAAUGGUACAAGAAACAGCAAGAAGUCCUAGAGUAUUAGCUACACGUGUCGGUUCAGGAAGACCUUCGUCUGCUUUUUUGCAUAAGCCAGAUGAUGAUAUAUUUGCUUCUACUUUAGAUUCAGUAGAUUUCAAAAGGGAGUUAGCCACACCUCCGUUGGAUGAUAGUAUUGGCAAAACAUUUUCAAAAACAUAUACAUACUUUAAAAAACUUUCGUCAGACGGAUCAACUAAUCUUAAAAGUCACACCGAAGUAUAUACUAAUGUAAUUAAGCCAUCUAAUAUUCCAUUUUCACAACUCAUUCAACCUACAGUAGUGAAAAAUAAAAUAAAAUCUUCAUUAUUUAAAGUGCCAAAUACAACGCCAGAACUAAUGGAUGAUCCAAAAGUUGUAAAUGAAGAAACGGAAAAAGAAAUAGAAACAAAAGUAAAUAAAAACAAUGAAACAUUGAUUACACCAUCUUAUAAAUAUGAUAUGACAAUAACUAGAAACCGUACUAAUUACAACAUUAUUGACGAUGAAAAAGCACUGAAUGACGUAAUUGGUGAAUCGGUUAUUACAGAUACAAAGUCAAUCUCAUCAAAUAAUAUUAAACGAAAAGUUUCGACUGAUGAAGAUGAAGAUAUGGAAAGUUCUGAAACGAAUGAGAAUAUUGAAUCAUCUCCAACACACCAAUUACAAACUAGUUUCACUACGUAUACAUAUUUUACAACAAUUUAUAAAGGAAGUUCGUCUAGUGAAGUUGUAAGUCGAUUUGAAACUAUAACGAAUGUUGCUCCUCCAAUGGUUGAACCAACGGAAGUAGAUACAUUAAACAAUGAAGAAACUACAUUGCCAGUAACUUUUUUCACUACUUAUACGUAUUGGACAACGCUUUAUAAAGAUGGCAGUACAUUAGUAACUAGUCGAGAAGAUACUUCAACCAAUAUUGUAUCAUCUUCUGUUUCUGAUAGUAUUUUAAUAACACCUACGAUAAAACCAUCGUCAAUGAAUAAAUUAAUAGCCACUGAAAAACUGAGUCCAACCACACCUACAACAUUCUUUACGACAUUCACAUAUUUUACAACAUCUUAUCUUGACAAUGAGACUGUAGUUAAUAGUAGAUUAGAGACUGUAACAAAUAUAUUGAAUACAACUGAACCUGAAGAGAAUAUGAGCAAAGAUGAUGUUGAAGGUGAAAAUAGUGUUAUAAAAACCACCCCAGGAGUUCCAUUAAAUAAGAGCAUACCAAUAACAGUUUUAAAACCCACAGGAUCAUUAUCAUCACUUACAACGCUUAAAGUUAAUAAUGGAGAAACCACAUUAUUUUCCACAGAUGUCUAUGGUACUUACAUUGAUGGAUUAUAUGUUCAAAUACUCGAAAGUACGUCAAAUAUUAUUAAAAAUACAUUACCGAGUGAUGUAAAAUCCAAUGGUAAAAGUACUGGAAUUGUGGCUUUAAAUGAAGGUAAAAUUAUUGAUGCCGAUGGAGUAAGUACUACGUUCUAUACAACAAAAGCACUUGGUACUUAUAUUGACCAACUUUAUGCUCAAGUUAUAGAAAGUACAUCGUCAAUCAAGGUUAACGACAAAAAAAAGAAUGGUGAACCUUCUACUACAGUUCUAGGGACUAAGACAUACCGAACUGGUUUAAUAAGUAUAAUAGAAGGUACUAGUGUCAAGGAUAUCAGUACAACUUAUUACGAAACCAAAGUAAUAGGAAAAGUUAUUGAUGGAAAAUAUACACAAGAAUUUGAAAGCGAUUCUAAAGUUAAAAUAGGAGUUCAGCCAACUGUGGUUCAAGAAAUGAAAGCAUCUUCUACCCAGCUUAAUGAAAUCUUCCAAAGUGAAAUUCCAAUAUCGCCAUCACCUGCAACAAUUGAAAGUUCACAGGGUGAAAAUGGAUCUACGACAGAAAAAAGUGAAGAAUCCGAUGAUGAAAACUCACCUAAAAAGAAAACAUUCCCCGUAAUUAGACCAUUUGCAUCAAGGCCGAGGCCAACUUUUCAACCAAAAAAGAAAUCUACCGAUAGUUUGGGCGCUGCUACAAUAAAUAGGAGUAUAACACCAACUAUAGUUGCAACUCCGGCAUUAAAAACAAAUGAAAAAGGUUUAGGACCUUCAAGCAGAAACCGAUUUUCUGGUGUCAGAAAAUCCAGUACAUUAUCAGUAUCUGAAAUAACGCCAUCAUCGUCGAAUAGUCGAAAAUAUUCUAGGUCUAAGAGUGUUAAUACACCAAUAAUAUCUACCUCGGUUAAUUUUAAAAGUAGAACACCUUCAUCGACAUUGAAAAUAUCACCAACAUCUUCUGUGUCUAGUUUUGGUGGUUCUAGAAGAAGCAGUUUGAGCCAAAGACAAACAAGUUCAAAACUACCAGAAUCCUCAAUCAAAAAUUCAACACCAUCACGUUUUAGAAUACGUCCAACAGUAUCAUCCAGUUACAAUCGAUUUUCAAGCACCUUAACAACAAGUACUGAAGAAGUACCAGAUAACAAUGAGGUGAGCACAUCAUUAAUACCUGAUGAAACUUUAUUAAUUUCCAAUAACGAGGAAGACGAAAGUAUUACUGUGCCGUCUACAACAACAACAGAGUCAUCAAGAAGAGGAAAUAAUCCAUUAUUAAAACUUCGUCGACCCCCAUUACCAAAAACUUCAAUAACAACACAGCCUCCAAGACGAAAUUCGGCAAGAACAACAGUAAGAACCACGACAAGUACAACUACUACUACACCUAGACCUCAAAGACCAAAAACACCUAGUCCUUUAAUUACACGUAAUAGACCAAAACCGGUCAAUGGAUUAUUUCCAUCCAGAGGUUUUGGUAAAAAGGAACAAGAACAAGAAGUAACGAGUGAAUCAAAUCUCGACGAAGAGAAAUUACAGCAAGAAGUAAGACCUGACGAAGAUUUUGAUGACAAUAUAGAUAGUGCUAUUACACAAGUUGAAACACAAUCUAAUGCAGUAUCAGAAACUGAGAGACCAUCAAGAGGAAGUCGAACUUUCAAUAAUAACCAAGUUCAAAUCAGGCCCUUUAAUAGUAGAAAAAGCAGAACAAAAAGACAAAUAGAGUUUGGAAAUAAAAAUGAUAAUAGCAGAAACUAUAGAAGUAGACAACCUGUUAAGAAUACGGCUGUUGAUUAUUAUUAUGAAGAUGAAUAUGUGGAACAAGAAACUCCUGCACCAAUAAGGACACCGCCACCAACAAAAAGACAGCCAAGUCGAUCUAGACAACAACAACAACAACAGCAACAGCAACAACAAAGAUUAACACCCACCACAUCUUCUUCUAACGUUGCACGAUCACAGUUUACUUUACGCGAAAAAACUCCAACAACACCAGCUCCAGUACCUACAUCAAGAACAUCAAAUUUCAGAAGAACACGACCGCCUGUACAACAAGAAACAACUACUACGUCCAAAAGGUUAUCUAGAUUAAGAUAUCCAACUACGACGCCAGAACCAGUACGAAACAAUCGUCGUUAUACACCUUCGGUUCGUAGACAAAAUACUCGAACAAGAUUUAGAGAAGAUGUGAAUACAUUUUCUAAUACUCAAACUAUUUUUGAUGGGUCGAUCACAGUUACACAUAAGAUACCAACAGAAUUAACAAUACCUAUAAUUAUUGGAAAAAACACGGAAUACAAACAAGUUUUGACGGCAAAGCCUAGUAUUGAAAUACUUGGACCUCAUCAAUAUAGUACUGUAGCAGGUAAAAAUGGAUAUCCGACAAUUCAACUUAUUAGAGAAGUUACUGAAACAUUACCAAAUGGAGCGACCGAAAUAACCAAAUUUGUUAUUUUCGAACAACCAACAAGUAGUAUAACGUUUACUCCCACUUAUAUAAGAGGAAGAAAGACGUCUUAUUCUCAUAUAAUUCCAAGUACUAUAUAUGAAGUUAAACCUGAAGUUAGCACAAUUCAGCCACAACAAUUAGCUAAUGCACCAUUAGCAAAUUUAUUGUUGUCACAACUACUAUUGGGUAAUUUAGGAAUUCAACCCACAGUAAACCCGUUAUUAGCAUUAAAUUCUGUUAUGGCUACACCUCAAUUACCAACAACCGAAUUUAAAACGAAAAGUACGACUUAUGUGACUACAGUUACCGAUUCUACAUCAACAGUAUUGCCAAUAACUUUUAGAGGAAAAGUCAUAUCUACAACAGUAAUUGACAGUUCUACAAAUGUUAUUACAGCAACUGAAUAUAUAACUGAAACAAUAGUUACUACUCCUACAGUCCAACAAGCCAAUAACCAAUUAAAUACAUUAUUAUUACCUGCAUUACUUCAGGCUCAAUUACUAGGACAAGUCACUACAUCGAAUAAUUUGAUUGGUAGUAUUGAUUCUACACAAGAAGAACUUCAUCAAGAAUUAAUUGAACCAACUCCAAAGUAUGAAGAUUCAUCAAAAGAUGAAACUAAACCAUCGAAAAAAAAAAGUGUUACCAAAAAACCACCAGACCCCGCUAUACAACCCGCGGAAGCAAGUGUUGUGACAUUAUAUGUAUCGGGUAAAAGGCCAGGAGAAUUUAGUACGGUUUUGUCAACUGUAAAUUAUGAUGAAACAGCAACUGUUCGAAAACGUGAAGUAGAACCUUCAUCGGUAAUGGAUAUGAUGGCGACUGAAUUUGACGAUGUCCUUUUAUCAUCUACUGACGAUGAUCAAAUCCAAAGAUAUAACGAAGAAGAAACUCAAAGCUUAGAAAGUAUAUUAGGUGAUGUGAGUAAAAAUGUAAAAAUUGAAAACCGUGCUACAAAAGUCAAUGUAGUACUUGUUGAGCCCUCUUCUCAGCAAAACCAAGAAACUACCGGUCAUUUUUUAUUGAAAGGCUCCGCUGAUACUCCAGUUCAGCGGGAAGUCGUAAAAUCCAAAAUCUGGAGUUCACAAAAUCGAACAAAAAGAAACGCGCCUAAUUUUCUACCCACUAAGGACGUAUUUCUGUUUGAUUUUCCAAAAAUACCAAAAAAAUAUUUAACCCAAAGCAUUUUGUACAAUGUUGGUGAUAGGGAAAACUCUUCUCUUACUUUAUCAAAAAUUCCACAAGACUUUAAUAUUGACGGCAAAGUUGAUGAGCAAAGGGCAUUUGACGAAAGGCGUUUUAAUUUUGCAACAAAAAAAAUGAGUAAUGGCGUUGAAGUAAUCGUUGCUGGAGAUAAAAGUACAUAUCCCGGCCAAGCUAAUGUACUGAGGGUAUUACCUACAUCACAAGCUAAACCCAUCACACUUGCUCCAAGCACAUUAACUGAUCACAUGCUAAUGAUGCUACCUCACCCCAUCAAACAAAGCAUGAAUAACCAAUUUGUUACCAAAACAUAUCUAACUACAUACACAUAUUUAACUACAUUUCUGGACGGAGAAGCUACUGUAGUAUCUAGCCGAGAAAAAGUAGUAUCUAAUGUUGUAACAGAUGAAGUGAAUAAAAUAACUCCUACUUCAACUCUUAGUCAAGUUACAUUAACAGCCAGUCCAAGUCUAGAAACAGGCAUCUACCACACAACAUAUACAUAUUUAAAUACUAUUGUUGAUGGUGAUAUCCCACUAGUGAUGACAAGUCGAAAAACUGUGGCUAACACAGUUACAGCUCCUCAUGAAUUUCUAACUCCAUUACAACCAUCUGAACCUGCUUAUCAUAACACUAACACAUAUCUAAACACAGUUUCUUUCACUAAAACUUUGAGCGAUGGACCAGAUUAUACUGUUGUAAGUACAGAAGAUAUAUUAACACAAGUCAUAAUAACUCAGACAGACAAUACACCAUCAAUUGAUACGUCUAAAUUAAAAGAAGAAAGUACAACGACGGAUGUAACUAAAACUUAUUAUGUUACUUAUACAUAUUUCAAUACAAUUCAAGAUGGAGAUCACACUACUAUAAAAUCAGAUAUUUCCGUAUCUUCCGAUAUAGUAACAGAAAAAUAUCUAAUACCAACUAAAAUUGAUGAAAUACAACCUACGCCUACGGUUGAUAAAUUACCGUUUCAUUUGUAUGCAACUAAAACCUAUCAAACAACUUUCACUUAUUUUACAACACUAUUGAAGGAUAAUGAUGGUAAAAAUCCAUCAAUUACACAAGUUAAAUCAAGAACUAAAAUUGUUCAGAAUAUAGUAACUGAAUCAUUAAACACAUCGAUAUUUAAUGCAAAUUAUUUAUCUUCUAUAAGUUCUUCUGUACAAAAUGAAAAAAUACCUAUAACUGCCACUGCUACUUUAGAUAAUGGUCAACGAAUAGAAUUUACAGCAAUGAAUGAUUUAUUGCCUACUGAACAAAGUGAAAUAAGCACAACUCAUAAUAUUCAAACUCAAGAAACACAAAAACCAAUUAUUAAUGAAAACACUCAUAAACCAAUUGAAAAAAUUAAAGAAACAAUCAAACCAUCAAGUGUUAGUAAAAUUUCACAAAAGACUGAAAUCCAAAAGCCACCAAAAAAAAGCACUCCACCCAAAUUAGAACAAAAAAUUCCAAUAAAUUCAGUUAAUCCUGUUAAGCCAGAUAACAAUGAUGUUGGAGGACUAAUUGAUUUUGGCACAAUAGGGAGUAGCUUAACAGCUCUUAAGCCGGUUAUCAGUGCUGUUGCAGGUAUAAUUCAAAAUAAUUUAAAAAAUGAUCAAAAAACUAAGAAUGUUCACGUGCUACAAAAAUCAACACCAAAACCAGUAAAACAAGAAACAACAAGUCGGGCUCCAAUAUAUAUACCAGUUGGCGGGCUAGCAGAUUCAGAUGGAUCGGAGAGCCAACAAUAUCCAGACACUGAUCAAAGACAUCCACAUGUUGGACCAGCAAGACCACCUGUUGAGGCGUCUUUAUUAUCUGGAGGAAUUUCUAUUAGUCCUGGUGAAGUGAUUACAACAAAUAGUGAUGUCAUUAUUGGUAAGCCUUCAGUUUUAGGUCCAAGACCUCCUUUGGAAAAUUUAAAGAAAGAAGAAAUGCCUUUUGGUAUGAGACCUCCUUUGGAAAAUUUCAAAAAAGAAGAAAUACCUUUUGGUAUGAGACCUCCACCUCCUCCUAACCCUUUACAGUUCAAAGACAAAAUAUCAGUUCCUAAUAAUAUUGCAAGAGAACAUAUGAAACACCCUCUACCACAUACUGAUAGAAAAAAUACUCAACCUGUUCGAUAUCAUGAAAACAGAGUACAAGCUCAAUAUCAGCUAACUAAUGCACCAAUUAAAUCAGAAGUCAAUAUUAUACCACUUAGGAAGCCAGAUCCUUGGCCAACAAAGUUCGUAACUGAUGUUCAGCCAUUGGUUUUGACAAAUCCAAAUAUCCAAACACAAGUUAAUUAUGGAAACCAACAUUUAAUUACAUCAAAUCAACCAUCAUUUUUAGAACAAUCUGCUGUUGAUCCAUUGUUAGUAAAUAUACAACCAUCUCAGGUUGCUCAGGUUGUUAUUCCACAUGGUAGCCAAACUGCAUUAAUAUACAGCGAUCAACCAGCAACUGGCCAUGGUCCAAAAGGAGAAAUUUUUAAUGACCCGCAACCAUACCCAGAAAAUCAUGUAAAUCCGGGUUUCGUGGGAUUGGAAAUUUAUGGUACAUUAAAUCCAACGAAUAAUGUUGCAUCAAAAAUACCAGCAAAUGCAAUGCACAUUGAUAUUCCCGUUUCUCCAGCAGGUAUAACUGUGGGUGAUUCAGAAUCACAUCAUGUAGUUUUAUAUGAUAACGAAACAGGGGAAGUUAAGACAAGACCCGUUCAUGUUUUAAAACCACAAAACCCAAACAAUCAAUAUCUAACACCCCCGACUAUCUCACAAGUUAACUCAUUUGUAAGGCGACCCGAUGCUUCAUUGUCAGUUGAAGAUGAUUUAUUACAAUUUGAAGAUGGUGAAGUAACUCAAGAAUCUAAAAAAACACCUUUAAGGCCUGGAGAACUACCAUUUGGAGUACAUAGUAGUGAGUCAGAUGAAGAUAGAACUCCAAUAAUUACUGGAAAACCUAUUGUUGGUAAUUUUAAAGGCGAAGAACAAACCUUAUCAAUCGGUCAACCUGUAAGUAUCAAAGAACCAACAGAGUUAAAACCAGGAAAUUUUGUAGUGCCUAACGAACAUCGUCCUGAUCUACAGUAUAACAUUCAACAUUCUAACGAACAAAUCGUAAAUAAUAUAACAAAACCAAAUAAACAUGUAAUUAAUCUUCCUCCGAGAGAUGAUAUUCAACAAGCAAUGAAUAUGGAUGAAAAAUUGCCACCUUUACCAACAAUUAAACAUGAUAAUAAUGAUUUAGACAGCCAAGGAAGUACACCCCAACCUUCUAUUGUGAAACCUAAUCGUGACAAUGAAGUUUUAGGUUUAUCUCCUCCUCCAGUUAUUACACAUUCAUUAAAAUAUGAUAAUGUCACACAAAGGCCUCAAGUAUCCAGGAGACCUUAUCACCCUAAGCCAAAACCUUCAACCGCUCCUCCAUACCAAUUUGAAAGACCUCCGAAUAGAAGACCAUCAAUGCCACAUAAAAAUCAAGAAGAAAUGGUCCUAAAACCAUUGUCCACUACUGCUAAAAUUGAACCUGUUAAAAAAUGGGAAGCUUCGCUAAAUUUAAGACCUGAAUAUAGACCAUCACAUAAAGAAGAAAAACCUGAAAUAAUAAAAGCCGAAAGUAAAGUUUACAGCCAAGGUUCGAGUAUAAAAUCACAGUUACAAGAAAAAACUAAAGAUAAUACGGUUAUAUUUAGCGAUCCUGUAACACAUGUUAUACCUACCAUUAUCACUCAAGAUACGACUAAAUGGUUUGAAUAUAGUCCUAUUUCAAGUACAGAAAGUAAAAUAGAAACAGUGCAAUCCACAACAGAAACUCCAGCAUUGACUUCAACUAUUGGGACUAUUGAAACUAUAAAAUCGCAUACAACACCGAGUAAACCAACAAGUAAGACGACUGACUAUCAUAGUGUUAUAAGUGUUAUUGUCAAGAACGAAGAAAAUCUAGAAGAUAAAUCUAAUGAAAACAUAAUUGAAAACCCUACAACGCCCAAACAAAAAACGCAAAUGAGACCCCAAGUAACAAUUUUACAACUUCCAGAAAGGCCAUCAUUCAUGGACGAAUUUCACAAGCAAUUACAUCAAGGCUCAUCACUUCCGACGAGAUUUGUCACUCAUACACAAACAUUGUCAGUAACUAUAACAGAAACAACAGUUUUACAAAGUGAUGGUUUUGAACCUUCUACCCAUACACUUGUUCUUACUAAAACCCAAACAUCAACAUUAGUAGACACAGUAACUGAAUUUCAUACAUUGGUGAAACCAACGCAAGUCUUGUCUACAAUUACAACUACAGUUCCAGUACCAAUUCGCUCUGAUCCAGUUCUGCAAGCGCCAGUUGUGGAAGGAACAAAAACCAAAACAAUAAAAAUACCUCAAGAUGAAAAUGAAACAUUAUUGGUAGUUAUGACAGAUAAAAAAGGAGGAAAUAAUGGAAUACCGCCAGAAAUACAAGUCCCCGACGAAACAAAUGAAAUAGGACCAAGUGAUGUGUUAUUAAGUGGCAUUCUAACUCAUUCUUCAGACACUGAAUGUCGACCUGAAUGUAAAGCAUCUAAAAAUGAAAUAUGUCAACGAGUAGAAAAUAUAAUGCGAUGCGUCUGUAGACCAGGUUUUGCAAGAAUGUUUAUGGACAGACCUUGUAAACCUACUUAUACAUAUACAAUGAAGUUAGUAUUAGAUAAAUUCCGUAAAGAUCCCAUCAAAUAUUCUACACAACUAGUUGAUCCUAGUUCAAAUCAAUAUCAGAAAUUGGCAGAGGCCACUAAAGAAGGAUUGAAUCGUAUGUCAAUGCAAUCAGAUCUAAGAGAUAUUUAUCAUGGUGUAAUAGUUGGAGGUUUUGAACCCGAUAAAAAUAGCGACAAAGCAGUCGUUUCAUAUAUAAUACAACUAUCUGAAAAUGCAGAAGACGUUAAAUUAUGGGAAGCAACAAAAAAAUCACUCAGAGCUACAAACUAUAGUUUAGGAGGAACUGAUGUAUUUGCCGCUCGAGACCAGUUACAACAAUUAUCAGCAGAAGAUUUUGAUGAAUGUAGCGAUUCAAAAUUCCAUGACUGUUCAGAUAAUGCAAAAUGUUUUAAUUUACAUGGAACGUAUACAUGUAGCUGCAAAGAUGGAUUUUCUGACCUAUCACAUAACACCCAAUUUCCAGGCAGAGUUUGUUCUUCUGAACUUAUUGGAUGCGACUUAUGUAAUUAUCACGGAACUUGUUAUUUAAGUAAUCAAGAUGAAACGAUCUGUGAAUGUUUCCAAUGGUAUGCUGGUAAACAUUGUCAGUUUAAUCUAAAAGUUUUAUUAUUGGGACUAAUUGCCAUUGGAGUGAUGUUGCUAUCACUUCUUAUUGCAUGUUUGUUAAUGGCUUGUUGUAAAAAGCAAUCCAGAGAGUCUGGCAUGGGUCUAUACCAACCUCAGCGUCCAGUAAUAGGUUUUAGACGUUAUAGAAAUAUGAUAGCCACAACAAGAGGUGACAAAAGAGCAAUGAUUAGUGUCGAUACAGGUAGUGAAACAAGCGUUGACCAUACACCUCCUCCAUAUGUUAAACAAGUUGUAAACAUGCAGAGACAAACUCACGCACACGUCCACUCCCAAAUGAAAGCUCCGUCUCCAUCUAGUCACGGAGGCAGCACCAUGCGAAGUGGAUUAGAACAACGAGAUAGAAGUCUUACGGUAAUGAUUCCGAGGGCAAAAUAUCGGCCAGCUCCUCAACAAGCGCCACCAUCCAUAUUGACUAUGUCAACUUUUGGACCGGAACAAAAAGCCAUGUCGUAUAUGGACUCAAGACAAACUCCAACAAAAGGUUCAAGAUGUAGUAGUAGAAAACCUAGUGAUUCGACACAGAGAUCUGUUGAAAUUCAACCACCUCAACGUAAGAAACAUGCUGCUCCAAGAAAACCAUCAACAGGUGCACUAGUGUCUGCUGGGUUCGAAGUCUCAGCUACAGUUGUAAAAACGAAAGAGCUAGACGAAGCAUAUGUGUGUCGUGAAGACGACAAACCAGAUUUUAAUACCGGCAGAACCACAGCCGCUAGAACUGUGUCUGUAGCAAGAUCAUUCGACGAGACAACAAUCCAGCCACCAACUAGAUGCUAUCAUCCAGAAAGCCAUUAUGAAUCGAAAUCACAGUAUUCUCAUAAAACGAAUGACGAGGGUCAUACGAUGGUUGAACGAGACUUGGGCUCCACGUAUCUAAUGCCUCAGUCAAAACUGUAUAAGCCUGACAAUAGAGGUAGUGACACAUCGAAUUUCGACUCUCUGUGACGGAAUUGAUCAAUAAUUACCCGCUCAUGCCAUAUAUAAUAUUAUUAACAGUGAUAUGAAUAUUCCAUUAAAAAGGAUUUGUGUCAAUUUCGAAGGAUUGAUUAUCUCAAGAAUUUGUUAAACGCUAAUUUUAUACACAUAGUAAUAUCAUAUAUUAUAUAUAUUUAAAAUAAAUGUUUCAGAUAAUCAUCUUAUGUUAUACCUAUUAUGUUGUACAGCUUCCAAUACUCUGUACUUUUAAUUUAUUACUGUAAAAUGAUGUUAUAUUAUAAUGUCCUAAAACAAUAUUAAUAUUAGUCUAUAAUAUAUGUUAUUCUAUAUAAUAUAAAUGAUACACAAUGCCAUAUAAAUAGGUAAUUUUGUUAUUAGUUUAAUUGUAUAUUAUAUUAUUAAAUUUUGUAUGCUUAAAAAUAUUGAUACUGAAGUUCAUUUGUUAUGAGAUAUUCUCUUUUCUUGUGAUUAGGUACCUUGUUAAGGAUCAAUCAUAAUGAAACGACAAUACCUCUUUUUAUAUUUUUAUUUAAAAUGUUUUAAUGUCUUUGGCAAAGUAAUGAUUAAUGGUGUUUCGUUGAAUUGAUGACAUAGUUUUUAAAUUGUAGUUAAAAUUAGUUCUUAAGGAUACCAAGCCUUAUUUGUGCCAAAAAAAUAUUGUCAUCUUUCGAAAAUACAUUAACAAAGAUUUUGUGUACUUAAA